GGGUACUUCCGAAAGUUUAAGAAAAAUUUUGAAACAAAAUGGCGCAAAAAGUUUUCCAUGGAAAAAUAAUAUUAAUUUGAAAACUUUUCCUAAACUUUCGGAAGUACCUCGGGCCAAAAACAGAAAACCUUCUGGGUUAUCGAAUGUGCUGAAUACGAAAAACCACUUUUCAGCAACUCUAAACCAACUUUAUUUUUUUUCCGGUGAUAUGUUACAAUAUUGGGUAAUGAAAACAUAUCGCCAUUUUCAAAUUCCACUUGUGAAACUUCUUCUAGCCAAGAUCUUAGGUUAAGAUAUAUUACAAGAUCUUGGAAAAAACCACAAAGAAGUCAGGAUCCUAGAUUCUUGAGACUUUCACUAAAGAUUUUGAAACAUCUUGUCUUACUCCACUCAAGCUCUUGAAACUUCUGUUCCCAAGGUCUUGGCUAAGAUCUUGACUGGAGUAAGACAAGAUGUUUUAAAAUCUUCAAUUCUUGAAUCUUUCACUCAAAAUCUUGAGUGAAUCUCAAGGUGUUGCAAGAGCUUGGGUGAAAAAUUUUCUUUAAAUUUUAUGUUUUUAUUUAUGACAGUCAUGACCAUCGGCCAUACCACCAUAUACACUGUAAAGUCGAGAAUUAUUUAUAGAAAAUGCUCGGCGAUUUUCAAAAAGUCCAUAUAUAAAAUCUUCACGGAUCUUCCAGAUUAUAGAAAAUCGAAUUUUUAAUAAUGUAGAAAACUGACAUUGAAUUUCUACAUUGUUAAGAAUUAUUAUAGAAAAUCCAUCUCGAUUUUCUGGCAAAUGAGAAAAGUCAAUUUAUAAAAAAUGGAGCGGAUUUUCUAAAAAGUAGAAAAUCAACAUUUUCUAAACAGUCAGAAAAUCGCUGAGGAUUUUAUAAAAGUCGCAUUUAUAAUUCGCAUUUAUAUUUAUACAAGAGUGUAAAAUAAAAUGAUGACUCAAGAAUUUUCAAGGUCUUUGUACAAGAAGUCAGAAAAUUACAAGAUCUUCAAGAUCUUAACUUCUUGAAAUUUCUUGAAUUCUUAUAUUUUCUUACCAAGAUCUCACUGAAAAAAUUCAGGACGUCAAGAUCUUGGUUACAAGAAGUCCCACUAGGAUUAGCCAUCCGUAACAAAAAUCAACUAAUACUGACUGAGUGACAAAUAUGUGGUGAAAUUAGAUAAAGACAAAAUAAAAAUAAUUUUUAACUCGAUUCUGUAUUAUAUUAAAACUACAAAUCAUUUUCGCCCGUCCUGUGUUGUAACUUCUGCGCCACCAAAAUUAAUACGAGACCCCCUACAAACGUGGAUCUAUAGACUAAUGUUAAAAAGAAACAUAUUAAACGACUAAUAUUAAAAAUCAAUUAAAUCUUUUUCUGCCUUAUUUAAAUAUUAGUCCAUUCAAUAGUUUUCUUUAUUUAAAUAUUUUUCUAUCCUAUGCGAAAAACUUUAAUAUUUUUCUAUCUCGUUUAUCUCAUUCUAAAUGAAGGAAGUAAUGUCGCAGUUUGAACUUACCAAGAAGAUACGAAUAUGCGGACGGAACAGGUUCUGUUCUAGUAUUAUGUGGUCAUGAAAUUAAAGGUAUUUGCAAGUAUAAAUGCUGUAGAAAUAUGUAUUAGUAGUAGUUUAGUAAACUCUUACUCUCGUUCUGAUUUUGCUUUUAUACUUUUUUUGCAGUCCAAACGAUCAUUCAAAGCGAACUCUAGAUAUUGCAACCUUUACUUAAUUAAGAAGGAAUCAUUGCUUCAAGUUAAACCAACAGAGGUUCACGCAAAUACAUCAGCAGGCAUGCCCGUUUUGAAAGAAAAAAUAUGCGGUCGGACUGUAGGUUUCAUUAUCACGUGAAACAAUGUUUGCUUCUUUAAUCACUCAUAUGAUUGAGUAAGAUCUCUUUUGCGUGUUAAAACAACGUCUGUUUGAUGUUUUAUUUUAUUUUAAGAUUAUGAAUACCGUAGUCGAUACUACAACAUUCAUUAACUCAGCUGGAACUAGUUCUCUUCCAGAAACAGUUAACUAUGAUGUAUUAAAAAAUAUUUUGACGCGUCAACGUCAUACAUUAGUCAAAGAUGUCCGUGAAGGUUAUUCGUUUUUAAAUUUAAAAAAAGCAAUCGAAACUUACAACGAACAUGUUUCACAAUCAUCAUCAUCAUCUGAAAGGUUUAAUUUUUAUACUGAUGUAAUACCACAACUUGCCAAAUGGGCUACUGAUAAUGAUCAAUCAAAACGUGUUCAACCACUUCAAGCUGGUAUACCAGAGAAAAUAACUUAUACCAUUUCACAAGCACUGUCAAAUAGUGGCUAUGAAACACUUGGAUAUGGAAAUGUUGAUUUAAUUGAUUCAUAUGAAAAAGUAAAUCGUACUGGUCAAGAACGCCUCUUGUGUUUACUAUCUUAUUUUCAUCAAUCAAUUGAAGAACAAUCAGACGAACGAAAGGUUACGAUAGAGCGAUAUGAUGCUAAUGUCACCAUUCCCGAUUGGUCAACUCAAAAUAUGGUCAUUCACUCAUCGAUAGUGAAUGUAUUUACCGACCGAAUAGAAAACGCACAAGAUGCUCAUGCUUUUGUUGAUUUUGCCAAUAACGAUAUACAUAUUCAUUGUAUUGUACCAUCGUGCACACAAGAAGAAAUUUUAUUUAAUUGUUGUCCAGAAGCAUUUUUAUCCAUAUUGGUAUGCGAAACAUUGAUGGAUAAUGAAGUUGUUGUUAUCCGCGUAAUGGAUGCAUGUUUUGAAGAACAAUUUAGUCGGGAUAUGAUAAAACAAGAUCUUGGGAAAGCUUAUCGAGCAUUUUCAAGUCAAACAGGAAAAAUGAUAACAGGAAAUUGGGGAUGCGGGGCAUUUGGUGGCGAUUUUGUUCAUAAAUUUUUACAACAAGUAUGCGUGGCAAUAGUUCUACAAGGAAAAGUGUCACUAUGUUAUUCGUAUGCGAUACCAGUUAGCUGA